ACUAUCAAAUGUUUUUCAAUUAAAAUAUUUGGAUUAAAUUUUUUAUAAUCAAAAUUUUUAGUUAAUUAAAUUUUAAAUUUUCGGCAUAUAAAAAAUAUAAAUAAAUUUUUAAUUUUGGUAAACAUAAAUUUUUAAAGAAAAAAAAAAAGAAAUUUUACAAUGGAUUUAAAAGAAAAUAAUAUGGAUAGAGAAUUUGAUAAAGAUCAAAUUGAUGAACAACAAAUUGUUGAAGAGGAAAUAGAAUUAAUUAAUCGUGGAAUUGAAAAUCCUAUGUAUAUUGAAUCAACAGCAUCAGAAAAUACACUGAUUCAUUUGAUAAAUCUAAUAGAAUUAACAGAUAAUGAAAAUUUAAAUGAAUCAGAUAGUAUGUAUUAUACAAGAGCUCUUCAAGCUCUUGAUAAUGAGAGUAUUAUUAAUGAAGAUAUUGAAAUGGAAGAAUCAUCUUUUUCAUAUUUAACAAAUUUUUCAUCAACAAUUAUAGAACAGUCAAAAUCUUUGGCUGAAUCAUUUUUGUCAAUGUUUACUGGUAAAAAAAAUAAUGAAUCAAUUGUAGCAUCACAAAUAAAUUCACCAAGUUUGAAUUCAUCAAUUGAAGUAGAAAAUCAUGAGCUGGUUGCUGGAACAAGUACACGAACAAUUGUUUUUUCAUCUAGUACAAAUGCAAUUAAUGUGAUUAAUCAAGAACAAGCUGAUACACAUCAGCCUAGUAUAAUGUAUGGACAUUGGACAUUAAUUGGUGAUAGAGAUCCUGAAUUUAUUGAAGGAUCACUUAAUGAUUGUUUAUUUGUGGUUGUUGGUGCACAAAUUGGUCGACAACCAGAAGAACUAAGACGUGAAACUGUACAGUAUAUGAGACGACAUAUAAACAGUCUUGCAGCGAGGCUCCAGGCACUUGCAAAAGCAAAAAAAUGUCACGAAAUAAUUUGUUUAAUUGGUGGAGCUAGAUAUGAUGGUAGAUCAGCAAGUGAUGCUGGUAGAAUACUGGAUAAUUCACAAAAUGGAAGAAGUGAUAUGGGACAUCAACAAGGUCAUCCUCGUGGUCAUGCAAGUAAUCCAUCAGCUACUGGAACAACUCAAAGUGUUGAAAAUUAUUCUCGUGGUGGUUGGAAAACUGGAUUUUUAUCUCGUGAUGAUCAAAAUCAUGUUGCUAAUAUGGUUUUGAAUACACCUGUUGUGCAAACAGUAUUUGAUACUUUAAACAAUGGUGGUACCAAUCAAGCUGUAACUGUAAAUGCUUCACAAAUACCAGGUCGCCUACCAAAUGCAGCUGAAUUUACUGAUGGUGUUAUGGGUGAGCCAAGACCCAUCAGACAAGUUGUUGUUGUUGUUAGACAUCAUGCUGGACAGUCAAGAAAUCCUAAUUAUGAUGUCUUUGUUCAUACACUCUAUCCAAAGCUGUAAAAUUUUGAUAUGUAAUAAUUAAAGUGUUGAAAAAUUUCAUUUAAAAUAUAAAAUAAAUAUUUUAAUUGAAUUAACUUUUUUUUUUUGAGUUGUUAAUUUUAUUUGAAAAGAAGAACAUUAAAUUAUCAAAAAAAAAAAUUAUUAUUUUGGCAAGUAGCAACCAACUCAACUUGUAUUUGUCUUUUUUUUUUUUUUUAUUAUUUUUUAUCAACCGUCAAUUGUUUAUUAAAAAUUCAAUCUCAUUUCGACAAUGUCAUUUUAAUUAAAAUUUUUUUAUUAAUUUUAAAUUUUCGUAUUUUUUUCAUUGAAACAUUUAAAUAUUAAAUUUAUACAAUUUUUUUUUUAUCUAAAUUAUUUAUAUAAGAAAAAAAGCAUCAAGAUAAUAAUAAUGGAUUUAAGCAAAACAAUCUCAGAGAUAGAUGACAGAAUUUCUGAAAUUUUAAGUGAACUAGCGUUGACAAUAUCACAGCUAGAAUCGUUAAAACGAGCAUUAAAAAAUCCUACUCCAAUAUCUUCAUCAGCAGCCAACACAAGCCUCAGGCAUUUAUUAAGUUUACCAGAUUUAAAUAUAAGAGAAAACUUGAGUGAAAGUGAAAGUUAUUUUUUAACAGCAUCAUUUAAAAGUUUAGAAAAUUUUCAUGUACUUGAUGAAAAAAAAAAUACACUAAUAACUUCAUCAGAAUCAUCAACAUCUGGAUCAUCAGUUGGUUCAUUAUUUUCUAAAAUUUUUUCACGUAAAUCAAAAAAAAUAUCAAUACCAAGUAUUAAUUCAGAGAAUGAUAAAAUUACCGUUGAUUCUUCAGCAAUUAAAUUAGCUGAACAAGAGAUUGAUAGAUUAAAAAAUAAUGGUCAAGCUGGAACAUUAGAAUUGAGUGCAUUAAGUAAUGUUAUUGGAAAAAAAAUAAUUGUAUUUUCAUCAAGUGAAAAAUUAUUGAAUAAUCAUGAAGCUGGUAGAUCACAACCAGGUAAACCAAUUGAAAUACAAUUUCACAAUGGAUAUUGGAGUCAAAUUGGUGUUAAAGAAACUGAGAGUAUACAAGGAUCAUUGUAUAAUUGUCUUUUCAGUGCAAUAGCUGGACAAACUAAAAAAAAACCAACAGAUUUACAUCCAAAAACAAUUAAAUACAUGAAAGAACAUGUUAAAAAUUUAACAACAAAAAUUGAUGAAUUAAUGAAAAAAGAAGAAUGUCAAGAAAUUAUUUUAUUAAUAACUGGUACAAAAGAAAUGUCCAAUGAUGUAUCACUUGAUAAUUCUGAGUUUAAAUUACAAGAAUAUUCACAGUCUUGUGCAAGUAAUGAUCAAUCACAAAUUGAUGAUAAUGAAAAUUUAGAAAAACCAUCUCAAGUUGAACGGAUUACUGAAUUUUCAUCAAGCCAUGAGGUUGAACUUACUCAACCUAUCAAACGACUUGUACUGGUUUUAAGACAACAUUCAGAUAAUGCAAAUGAUCCUCAACAUGAUGUUUUUAUUCAAACAUUAUUACCAUGAUUAUAAUUAAUUUUUAAAACAAUUAUUUUUAAGUAAAAGAAGAAAAAAAAACAUUUUUUUAUUAUAUACAUACAUUUUUUAAUUAAAAAAUUGUUAUAUUUUUAUUAAGUGCAAAAAAAAAAAAAAAAAAAAAAUUAAACAUAA